AGGAUAGAGAGAAAUGACGACCAGAACCAGAACCCGAGCUCGAGCCGGAACAAAAGCAGCAAAAAUGGCUUCAAUGGCAUUGCCAAGUGCCUACUAUUACUCCAAGAAUUACAGAAAAUGUCAUAACGGCUCCAUAGUUUCCCUUUCCGUCGUCUCUCAAUCUCAAAAUCCCGAAGACAAACUCUCUCAACCAAUGGCUCGAAGAGAAAUAAUACUGAGGAGCAGCGAAUUAGCAGUAUUCGGCGCAAUCUUCCAAUUCAGUGGAAAAAAGCCCGAGUACUUGGGUGUGCAGAAGAGUGUACCGGCAUUAGCACUUUGUCCAGCUACGAGGAAUUGCAUAUCUACUUCCGAGAAUAUCAGUGAUCUCACCCAUUAUACUCCCCCUUGGAAUUACAAUGGAGGGAGUGCUAGGAAAAGACCAGUGAGCAGAGAAGUAGCAAUGGAGGAGCUUAUUCAAGUGAUAAAGUCCACAAAACCUGACAAGUACAGUCCUCGCAUAGUGGAAAAGAAAGACGAUUAUGUUCACGUGGAAUAUCAAAGUCCAAUUUUGGGGUUUGUAGAUGAUGUCGAGUUCUGGUUUCCGCCAGGGAAGAACUCCAUUGUGGAGUAUCGAUCUGCCUCCCGACUAGGGAAUUUUGAUUUUGAUGUCAACAGGAAGAGAAUCAAGACAUUGCGACUAGAAUUGGAGAAAAAAGGAUGGUCUUCUGCAGAGAGUUUCUGAGAGGCCAUGCUUAUUCAUGCAACGUAUUGCUGUGUACAUCUUCAAUGAAUUUUAUUGAUGAUAGGGUAGGCAAAAAGAAAUUGAACAAACAAAACAUGGCUGUUAUUCCUGAUUGUUCAGAAAGGGCAAAAUUCAUGAUGUACUGAAAUCAUUUGAAGAAAUUAAGUGCUGUA